AUAACUAAUUACUUGAAUAGAUCAUGUCUAAGCUGCAAGAAACUGUAGAUAUCUACAAGAAGCUGAAGGCUGAAUGGAGUAAGAGACCUUGUGAUCUGAACAAAUGUGGAGGUUAUCUCUCAACCCUCAAGGUGUCUCUAACCCAGCUCUCCUUCCUCCCUACCUCCAACACGUCAGCAUCAACCCCUGAACUUAUCCUGGCUAGAGACAUACUGGAGUUAGGAGCUCAGUGGAGCAUACUCAAGAAGGACAUUCCUUCCUUUGAGAGGUACAUGGCACAGCUGAAAUGCUACUACUUCGACUUUUCCGGCAGUUUAGCAGAAUCCCCGUUUACCUACCAACUGUUGGGACUGAACCUGCUCUGUUUGCUGUCCCAAAACAGAGUGGCCGAGUUCCACACUGAACUAGAGCUGCUUCCUCCUAAAGAGAUUCACAACAACAUUUAUAUAAAGCACCCUAUUGCUUUGGAGCAGUACCUGAUGGAAGGAAGCUACAACAAGGUGUUCCUAGCCCGGUUCAACGUUCCAGCAGAGUCCUAUCUCUUCUUUAUAGACAUCCUUCUGGACACCAUCCGAGAACAGAUCGCCUCCUGUAUCUCUGCUAGCUACAACUCCGUGACAGUGGCUGAGGCGACCAAGCUGCUGUUCUGUGAUAACCAGAGCAAGACGAAGCAGUUUGCAGAUAAGCAGGGCUGGGAGGGGGAUGGGAAAGUGUACAGGUUCUCCAAGACAGAUAAAGGUGAUGAUAGAUGUGUGCCUAUUACCACGGUUACACAACAUCUCCUGGAGUACGCUAAGGAGCUGGAGAUGAUUGUUUAAAUAACCAGAACUAAUAAUUAACUCCUGGAUUUGAUGGUUAUAAUCUAGAAAUAGCAAAGGAAAUGUUUUCUAAUGUAUCAUUACUCCGUGAGAGAGUGAACAUUUUAUAGUUCUUUGAGUUUGUCCUCAAACUUCUGUGCCUGGAGCAUCUUUGAAAAUGUAGGUUCUGCGCAACUGAUAUUUGUAUUUGUUGGAAUUUCAUAAAGUUAUCAAAUCUAGCAUAUUGGUGACAUGUUUAACGAUAAGUUUUAUCCCAAUUAAUCGGGUUAAGCCUAUUCAAUAGAUCAACUUAUUUAGUUGUGUUUAUUCA